UUUAUUAAUUUAUUAAAUUGAUUCAUAAUAUUUAUAAGUAUAUUUAUGUAACCAAAUUCUGAAGAUAUAAAAUCAAGAAGUUACAUAUACUUUUUCAAUAAAUAUCUGACAAUAUAUCGAGAACUUCGAAAUAAUGAAUGAAUUCUUGGAAAUAGAUGGGAGCAUUUUGGAAGGGGGUGGUCAAGUACUCAGGAAUUCAAUAUCAUUAAGUGCAAUUCUCGGAAUACCUGUGCGUAUUUUAAAUAUACGAGCUAACAGGAGCAAGCCAGGCUUGGCACCCCAACAUUUAAAAGGUGUUGAGCUAGUAGCAGAAAUGUGUCAAGCCAAACUCAAUGGUGCUCAUAUUCGGUCAACGCAAUUGGAGUUCAAACCUGGAAAGAUUCGUGGAGGACAUUAUGUUGCUGAUACACGCACAGCAGGUUCAAUCAGUCUUUUACUCCAAGUGGCGCUACCCUGUGCAGUAAUGGCGGACGGUCCUGUCACUCUGGAGCUGAAGGGUGGCACCAAUGCAGAGAUGGCCCCGCAGAUAGACUACAUGACCGAGGUCUUUAAGCAUGCAGUCAAACACUUUGGUGUGGAUUUUAAUCUUACGAUACACAGAAGAGGGUACUUCCCGAAGGGUGGUGGUCACGUGACGGUGGAGGUGUCGCCCCUGCGGCGCGUGCAGGCCGCCGACGUGACGCGGGGGGGCGAAGUCGCCGCUGUGUACGGCUGGAGCUAUGUAGCUGGCUGUCUGCCCAUUAAAAUGGCUUACUCAAUGGCGGAUGGUGCUAAGGAGAAACUCCGCGGGAUCUGCAAGAACAUUCACAUAGAGUGUUACAAAGAGGAAACGCAGUUCGCUCCCGAAAACGCUAGCGGUAUCGUAUUGACGAGCAAGUUGUCCUCCGGCUACAUUCUGGGAGGAGAUGCUCUCGGCAAGAGAGGAGUGGAUGCUGUGGAGGUCGGGAGGACGGCGGGAGAGAUGCUCAGGGACGCUAUCAGAUCUGGUGCCUGCGUCGAUAGUUAUACUCAGGAUCAAUUGAUUGUGUACAUGGCGCUGGCGGACGGUCGGUCCAGGGUUCGAGUCGGUGAGAUCACGCUGCACACGAGAACCGCAAUACACUUCGCUGAACUCAUCGCUAAGGCGAAGUUUAGCAUACAGCCGGACGGGGAUCAGAACGUGAUCGAGUGCGACGGCGCAGGAUACCACAAUAGGAACCUGCCCGUCUAGCCGCAGUGUGGAGGGAGCCUUAUACAGUACGAUAUCUUUAUAUGAGACCAGCGGACCCGAUAGACGUUGUCCUGCAUACACCAAAUUGAAUGAAUGAAUGCAUACACAAAAAAUAAUUCAAGUCCAUCCAGUUUAGUUGCAGUAUAUAUAAAUAAAUCUAGAUACCGACUGCAGCGCCAUCUGCCGGGAUUAUUUGUGAAUUUAAACCAUCCAAGGCAUAAACCAAAUAGCUUUUGACCUGUCGAUAUAUACACGAGUGCGUCCGGGGCUCGAUGAGCGAGCGACUUGUCCUCGGUUUUUUAUUAUUACUCGUAAAAUCGUGCGCCGUUAGUUCAGAAAAUUAAUUAUACUUAAAAUAUUCUAGUCGUAGUCAGAACCUUUAGUGCGAUGUUUCAAUUUAAUAUCUAUCAUCUAUCGUUAUAUAUCUAUCAUCAAUCAAAACUAUUUAAAACAAUAGAAACAUGACAGUGACUGGCCGUAACGCUUUACAUACAAAGAGUAUUAAUAUGAUGCUAUACAAAUAAAUCGACCAAACCCGUUUUUCCCGAGAGCUCAUAUAUUUUUUUCUUUUAAUUUUGUUAACUCUUCUUUCAUUUAAAGUGCUGUGUGCUUAGUGCGAGUUUUUUAACGUUCUCGAUAGCGUAAAAGUUAA